GAGAGAGAGAGAGAUGAGUAUGAUCGAUUUGAUCACGAGGGUUGAUGCAAUAUGCAAGAAAUACGACAAGUACGACAUAGAUAAGCAGAGGGAGCUCAACAAUGUUUCUGGGGACGAUGGAUUUGCUCGUCUAUACGGUGCCGUCGAGGCUGACCUCGAAACAGCUUUACAGAAAUCGGAGAUGGUAUCAACCGAGAAGAACAGGGCUACUGCUGUUGCUAUGAAUGCCGAGAUUCGACGGACAAAGGCUCGUUUGCUUGAGGAGCUCCCCAAACUGCGAAGACUUGCCCCUAAAAAGGUGAAAGGGCUUUCGAAAGAAGACCUUGUUGCUCGGAGCGAUUUAGUUACUGUACUGAAGGAGAGGAUAGAAGCAAUACCAGAUGGAUCCACAAGUGGAGCUAAACAAACUGGUGGGUGGACAGAUUCAGCCCCAUACGCAGGAAUCAAAAUUGAUUCGACUUCAGAUGGGAGAUAUGAUACUGAGUACUUUCAACACACUGAGGAGUCGGAUCGCUUUAGGCAGGAGUUUGAAAUGCGAAGAAUGAAACAGGAUCAAGGUUUAGAUGUUAUAGCAGAAGGAUUGGACACAUUGAAAAAUAUGGCCGGUGACUUGAAUGAGGAAAUAGAUAGGCAAGUUCCCUUGAUGGAUGAAAUUGAUGAUAAGGUUGACAGGGCAAAUGCUGACCUUAAAAAUACUAAUGUGAGACUCAAGGAUACCAUAAUCAAGCUGAGGUCCAGCCGGAACUUCUGCAUCGAUAUCACCCUCCUGAUUCUAAUUUUAGGAAUUGCAGCCUAUUUGUACAAUGUCUUGAAGUGAAUUAGGUGAUCCAGCAACUAUUUCCAGGAGUUCUCUACUUCAGUUAUUACGGAUAAGAGAACCGUAUAUGAAGAUUUCAUCUCAUACGGCUCAAACAGAAAUACCCAAAUACUAGUUCUAACGGAUAUGUGUGUAAUAGAAAGUCUGAAAUUUCUUGCCCAUUUAUUUUGGAAUAAUCCUUUCAGGAGGGACAAUUUUAGAGGUUAUAUCAAUGUGUGGCGUGACGUUUCUAUGUGUAUAUGAGCUUCCCUCGUCCAAUUUUAUAUCAAUGAUA